AGAGCGCGAGAACGAAGGAAGGAGGCGGCGACAGGGAGAAAGUUGAAAGUGUCAUCUAUCCGGAGAGGCUCCAGGAUAUGAGGCUGCGGUGAACGCCGCCCCGCGUCUGGAGAUCGGCUCUGAUCCUCCUCUGCCAUCCCCCCUCAUCACACUCUCCUCCUCACUCCCACUCCCCCGCCCCAAUGGCCACCUCCUCCGUGCUCCCGCUCCACCUCCCGUCCUGCGCGCGCCGGGCCAGCACCGCCUUGCGCGCCUCCGCAGCCCCGGCGGCGGCGACGGCGACGGCGACGACCGCGCAGUCGCUGGAGGAGUCGUUCGGCCGGAAGGGCCUGCGGUUCGUGGCCGACCCGGCCGGCGGAGCCCCCACCGCGGAGCUCAGCGUGCGGAACGGCAGCUCGCUGCAGCUCCGCCUCGGCGACGGCCUCGUCACGUCCUACAAGCCCAAGGUGUACUGGAAGGACGACGGGUGCCGGGAGGUGCUCUACACCGUGGCGGGCAAGGGCGGCGUCGGCCUCGUCCUCAACGAGGCGUCGUCGUCCUCGUCCGCCGGCGCGGGCAUCGCCGCGCAGUGGUCGCUGGUCGACGGCGCCGAGUGGACCGUCAGGGACGCCGACUCCGAUUCCUACGACGCCGUGCAGGUCGAGCUCGGGUGCACCAAGGGGAAGCUGGACAUCUCGUACGUGGUGACGCUGUACGGGGUGAGCAUGGCGACGGCGGUGAUCGUCAGGAACACGGGCACCAAGCCGGUGGAGCUGACGGGCGCGGUGCUGAGCCACAUCAAGUUCGACAAGCGAGGUGGCACGGCCGUGGAGGGUCUCCGGGGAUGCUCCUACUGCUCCCAGCCGCCGCCGGCCGCCGGCUUCAGCCUCCUGUCCCCGGCCGAGGCCAUGAUGCGGGAGGACCCUGGCUGGUUCAGCGGCGGCGGCGAGGAGCCGCGCCAGGGCGUCUGGACCGUCGAGGAGGACAUGUACACCGUGCUCAAGAAGAAGGUGAGCCGGGUGUACGCGGCGCCGCCGGAGGAGAGGAAGAAGCGCGUCUACAGCACCGCGCCGUCCAAGUUCACCACCAUCGAUCAGUAUAGCGGGCUCGGGUUCAGGCUGGUGAGGAUGGGGUUCGAGGACAUGUACCUGUGCAGCCCGGGAGGCAUGUACGAGAAGUUCGGCAAGGACUACUUCCUGUGCACGGGGAUGGCGUCCAUGUUGGUGCCCGUCGUCGUCAACCCCGGCGAGGAGUGGAAGGCGGCGCAGGUCAUCGAGCAUGAUAACUUGUAACUUUUUUUUUUCUUUUGGGUGAAUGGAUUACAGAAUCGAAUGGCAGCUCCAUGUGUACAUUAUCGUAUACAUGUUGAUGGGCCCCGGUCUCAAGUGAAAUAUACGGAGUAGAUUAAUACAGAUAAUUCUUUCCAUGGGAAGCA